AUGGUCGUCCGAACCGGAGAAAAGGAACUGUUCCCUUUACUGCGAAAGCACGGUAUUGCUUUCUAUGCCUGGAGUCCCGGAGCUGCGGGAUUCUUCAACGGAAACCACAAGAACCCUCAAGCUGGAAGCCGCUACGACACUUCACAUUACCUCGGUAAAUUUUAUGCCUCAAAGUAUCUCAAGCCAAGCAUCGAGGCUGCUGCCGAUCGAGUGCGAGAAAUUGCCGCCAAGCACGGCAUCUCUGGUCACGCAGCUUCUCUACGAUGGACUGCGCACCACAGUGCUCUUUCCGCUGAGUAUGGAGAUGGAAUUAUCAUUGGAGCAUCGAGUAUUUCGCAGUUGGAGCAGAAUUUGGAUAUUUUUGAGCAGGGACCACUGCCACAGGAGGUUGCUGAUGCGAUCGAUGCCAUCCUUGCGGAGAUUAGAGACGAUGCGGUUGCGUACCACAACUGA